UUGUUUAUUGCCCGCCAGUCUAGUCGGUUAGGACCACCAGUUUAAGUUGUUGGAUACCUAAUGGAUUUUUGAAUUUUAAAAUUUCAAUUUCGAUCAAAUCAAAAUUUAUUAUCAAAAUGAAUAUUAGAAAAUACUUAUGUUUCUCCUUGGUCCUGCUGCUCACCAUAUCUUAUUCGAAUGCAGGUCGAAUACUUGCAGCAUUUGUAUUUCCUGGCAAGAGUCACUUUAUGAUGCACAAAACUCUCAUUAGAGAGCUUGUAAACAGGGGACACGAGGUAACCUUCAUAACAAGUGAUUCAAUGGGCAAAAAUAUGGGACCAAAUUACACUGAGGUGCUAGUACCAGUUUACGAUUUCUGGUUUGAUGUUCAAUCUCAUUUCAAAACUGAUAAUCUUUUUGAACUCACCAGCAUGACUUUGGAUGGUUUUUUGAAAAUGUUAGAAAUCAUUGGUACAAAAACCACCGAACAUGCUCUUUUACAACCUGGAGUUCAAGAAAUAUUCAAUCGAACCGAUACUGAAAAUGUCUAUGAUGUAUUACUUGCUGAGCAAUUCUAUCAGGAGGCAUUUUUAACCUUGGGUUUAAAAUAUAACAUUCCAGUAAUUUUAUCAAGUACUCUUGGUUAUGAAUCAUAUAUGAGUCAAAUGAUGGGUUAUAUAUCACCUUGGUCAUUUGUUCCCCAUGGAUUUCUACCAUUCGAUGAUAAAAUGAGUUUUUGGGAACGAGUCUCGAAUUCAUUUGCAUCCAUGUAUCAAGAUCUUCAUAGGGAAUUUGUAUAUUUUCCAAAACAAGAUGCUUUAAUUCAAAAAUAUUUGUCACAUUUGCCAAUGAAAAUUCCCAAAGUUACCGAAAUGGAAAAGAAUAUUUCGGUAAUGCUUUUGAAUAGUUAUGUUCCAUUGGCAACACCUAGACCAACAGUACCAGGAAUGAUUCCUAUCGGAGGAGUUCAUAUUUAUCCACCUAAGACACUGCCAGAUGACAUUAAGAAGUUCCUUGAUGGAGCUACAGAUGGCGCUAUCUACUUCAGUUUGGGAAGUAACGUCCGAAGUGCUGAUAUGCCACCGGAAAAGUUGAAAAUUUUCCUUCAAGUAUUUGGCAGUAUGAAGCAAAGAAUUCUUUGGAAAUUCGAAACUGACGAGACUGCAGAGAUGCCAAAAAACGUAAUGGUACACAAAUGGAUGCCACAAAGUGACAUAUUGGCACAUCCAAAUGUCAAAGUGUUUAUUACACAUGGUGGUCUAUUUGGCAGUCAAGAAGGUGUACAUUAUGCAGUUCCAAUGUUGGGAAUGCCAUUUUAUUGUGAUCAGCACCUGAACAUGAACAAAGCUACAAAAGCUGGCUAUGCUAUAACUUUGAAAUUCCAAGAAAUUACUGCCGACAUACUUAAAACAUCCUUAAUGGAACUUAUAGAGAAUCCAUCGUAUAAAGAAAAUAUUCAAAGAAUUUCUAAUAUAUUUAGAGAUCGUCCAUUAUGUCCUAGAGAAACUGCAAUGUAUUGGAUUGAAUAUGUUAUAAGACAUAGAGGUGCACGUCAAAUUCGAUCAGCUGGUCUUGAUCUUGCCUGGUAUCAAUUUUAUUUAUUGGAUGUUAUUGGAUUUGUAUUAUUUAUAGUUUCAAUUAUGUGUGGAAUAACUUUUGUAGCACUUCGAAAAUUGUUUAAAAGACAAAAUGUUAAAGAAAAAACAAAUUAAACUUUCAUAACUUCUAUAAAUUUAUUAUAUUCAACUAUUUAUUUUUGUAACGUAAAAUUCUUUUUUUCCAAAUAAAUACAAAAUAGCCACACCUACCAAGUCUUAA